UGGCGGAGCUUGCCGCGUCGCACCCAACGCUGCGCCCCACUGUUUCGCCAGCGCCCGCCAGCCAAGCUUUCAGGCGUCCAGCUUGAAACGUCCAUCUCGACAAGCAAAGUGUUGUUUGUUUGCCCAUCGCGCCGACGAACUCCCCUCCCUCGUCCCUCCCUUCCGGAAAGCGCAACGCGACACGAGCGAGUGUAUGCGAUAGCCAGCGACCCUCGACGCCGCUCGACAUCAGCGAUCCCUUUUUUUGUUCCUUUCGAAUACAAACCGUUUGUUACAAGAUUUGAAACGGCGUGGCUGGGAGCAGAUACACACCUAGUUACGCAAUGGACUUCUCGGACAGCUUUCGCAUUGUGAAUCUGGUGGUGGCGGUGUUGAUGGUCCUCGGCGGAAUCUCGCAGUUCUUCCCGAUCGGUUUCCAGUCGGCGGUCAUCGGCGUUUACGUGAUCAUCUUCGGUUUGGCUACCGGCCUGCUUGAGUUCCAAAUCCCCCCGCAGGUUUCGCGCUACGCCUCGUUCCUGUUCUCCUUCCUCGGCCGUGGUAUCUUUUACAUCUUUGUCGGCUGCAUCCUUCUUCACGACCACGUCCUCAGAAUCAUUGCCGGCUCCAUCGUCGGCCUGAUCGGUGUGGCCUACGUUGCGCUUGAGUUCAUCCCCUCAAUUGAGCCGCCGGCAAACAUGCGCGAGGCGGAUGCCGGCUGGGGCGCCGAGCAAGUGUAAGAGCUGCCCGGUGAUACGGCCAGCUCCAUUUCAUUUGCACAAGCCGCAUGCAUUCAACCAGGGUCUAGCGGGGACAGGAGGCGGUGACCCAACGGCUUCAGGGGCAAAGCUUAGUUGAUGUAGGAGAA